UGGCACGUACUUUAGGUCCCCAGCGCCACGCAGCUCACCAGUUGGCCCCGAGCAGCGCCGCCAGUCGCAACUUGUCCCCAUCCCAUUCCCGGACCCAUAUACCAUCCGUAUCCCAGCGCGGAGAUCAAGGACACCAUGGAUAAUCCCGGCUAUGUGAUAGACUGUGAGAGCGAGUUCGCCAUUUCUGGGGAGCGGGAGGAGAACCUCUCGCAGAAGCCGCGGCCACACACCUUCGAGGAGGCCAUCACGCUGACCGGAGUGGGUCGCUUCCACCUGGAGUUGCUGCUCAUCUGCGGCCUGUGCUUCAUGGCCGUGAUGGUGGAGAUCAUGGGCGUGAGCCUCAUCAUGAACCAGAUGAAGUGCGACCUGCAGCCGACGCUGGACCAGCAGGGCAUCCUGGCCUCCGCCGGCUUCCUGGGCGUCGUCCUGAGCUCCCAUGCCAUGGGCUUCCUGGCGGACACAUGGGGCCGGGCCACCACCUUGAGGUACGCCCUCUGCCUCAGCUCCGUGUGCUCGAUCGUUUCCGGCUUCUCGGUGAACAUCUGGAUGCUGAUCGUCUUCCGCUUCCUCACGGGCUUCUUCAUUUCCGGCGGGCAGGCGUGCGUCUUCAGCUUGUGCGGCGAGUUCCAUGGCAAUGGCUCGCGGGUCAGGCAUGUGACCCUGCUCUCCGGAUUCCUCUGCGUGGCCAUGAUCUUUGCUCCAGCCAUGGCCAUUGGCAUCCUGCCGCUGCGCAUCGAGACGAUGGUCCUUGGCAUGCGCUUCUCGUCCUGGCGUGUCCUGCUCCUGGCCAACGUCUCGGUUUCCCUGCUGGCCCUCGUGGGGAUCAGCACUCUGCCCGAGACACCCAAAUAUCUGCUGGUCCAGGGACGAGGCGACCAGUCGCUGGAGGUCCUGCGCUCCAUCUUCGCCAAGAACUCCGGCAAAGAUCCCGCCGAGUAUCCGGUCAAGGAGGUGGCUCUGGAAAGCGGUGGCGCCAGUUUGUCCGAUGUCCACGGCUUCGUCGAUGCAGUGCGUCUCGUCUGGCACCAGACAGUGCCGCUCUUCCAUCGCCAUCGGCUGUGGCACACGCUGAACAUCUGCUGCAUCCAGUUCCUCAUCUACUUCCUGGCCCAGGGCAUCUUCAUGUGGUUCCCCACCAUCCUGGAUGAGUUGGGCACCCGCAAUGGCGACGAUGCCCUGCUCUGCGAUGUCCUGCAGGGCUUCAACGUGGACUCGCGGUCGGCGGAUGACUCCGUGGCGAGCUGCUCCGUGGAUGUGGACACCUCCACGUACCAGGUGAUGAUCAUGAUUGGAGCCAGCUUUGUGAUGAUCUACCUGCUCUUUGCCUACAUCAUCGACUACAUAGGCAAGAAGAAUCUGCUGAUGGCCUGGAUGAUGCUGACCAUGAUCUUCUUGGUCGCCCUGCACUACGUGGAUCAGUUCGCCCUGGUGGUGAUCGCUCUGACCGUUGUGAUGGCCAUCGGCAAUUGCGGCGGCCUGGUCAGCACCAUUGCCAUGGAGUUCUACCCGACGCACAUCAACGCCAUGGGCAUGUGCUUCAUCAUGAUGGUGGGUCGUCUGGGCGCCGUGGUGGGCAGCAAUGUCCUCGGGCGCCUGCUCUUCGCCAGCUGCGAUCCCAUCUUCUGGGCCCUGCUGGCCCUCGUGGUGCUCCUCUGCUGCCUGGGCUACCUCCUGCCGGAGAAGUCGCCCGCCAGGCAGAAGAAGCCCACAGCCACAGCGAAGGCCAUCGUGGCCGCCACCACGAGUCCCAUAUUUGCUAUUAGCUCCAAGUAGGAUUAGGCUACGCUAAGCAGAGAGGCUUUUCACCAGGUGUCCAAGGAAACAUCCCUUAACACCUCUUAUGGCUACUUUAAAAUGUUGUCUUCUACCCUUAAAGAUGAUUUUCGAUUUUUUUUAAACUUUACUUAUAGAUAUUAUAAAUACUUUGUAUCAGGUAUUAUUUUUUUUUUUAUUAUAUUGAUUAUGUAUUUAUUGCCAACUGACCUAAGUAUAUAUUAGUUUGUCUCUUUUGGUUUGUCUGGCGCCAAGAAAUUAUAAAAUAUAUAUUUUAAAGCAGCCUUGAGUAAGCCCAAUUAUUUGUAAAUAAAUCAUGUACUUGUACUAUCAAUAAAAUUCAGAGAACUUCAA